UGUUUUUUUUUUUUUGCAAACUCUGUGUCAUUUAAUUUAUAAUGUGUGUAUUUAUUUAAGCAGAUGGCAGCUGAAAGUGAUAUAUAUGCGGCUCUGAAGCAACACUUUGGCCACAAGUGUUUCAAGUCGGAGCUGCAAGAGAAGGCCAUAAAAUGUGCAGUAAAAAAAAAGCAGGAUGUGUAUGUAUGCAUGCCCACGGGCUCGGGCAAAUCCUUGUGCUUUCAGCUGCCAGGACUCAUGUGCGAAAAUAAGCUGACGGUUGUAUUUUCACCAUUAUUGGCGCUCAUCAAAGAUCAGAUUGAUCAUCUGGCGAAGCUAAAGGUGCAGGCAGAUUCACUCAACUCGAAGAUGAGCACAAAGGAGCGUGAGCGUGUCAUCAUGGAUCUGCGUGCGGUGAGGACAAACAUGAAAUUUUUAUACAUCACACCAGAGCAGGCGGCCACAAAGUUUUGCCAGGAGCUGCUGCAUUCGCUUUACAAGAACAGAAAGCUCGCGUAUUUUGCAGUGGAUGAGGCGCAUUGUGUGUCCCAGUGGGGACAUGACUUUCGUCCCGAUUAUCUCAAGCUAGGCGAGCUGCGUGCCAAGUAUCCAGAUGUGGUGUGGCUAGCAUUAACAGCUACAGCCUCGAAGGAGGUGCGCGACGAUAUUUAUAAGCAGCUGAAGCUACAAAAGCCUGUGGCGCAGUAUAGCACGCCCAGCUUUCGUUCGAAUCUCUACUAUGAUAUUGUCUACAAGAACUCCAUAGAGGAUGACUUUCAACAUUUGGCAGACUUUGCGCAGCACUGUCUGGGCGAUGAGGAGGAAUUCAAGGCAAUGCCCAAACCAAAACGUGGCUGUGGCAUCAUCUACUGCCGCACGCGUGAUCAAGUGGAGCGUGUGGCAGUGGGCGUAUCCAAGCAAGGCGUGGGCGCAGUUGCUUACCAUGCUGGGCUCAAGACCAGCGAGCGCACUGAGGUGCAGGAGGCUUGGAUGCGUGGUGACAAGCCCAUUAUAUGCGCCACAAAUAGUUUUGGCAUGGGCGUGGACAAGCCCAGCGUGCGUUUUGUCAUACACUGGGAUGUGCCACAAAAUGUGGCAGCCUACUAUCAAGAAUCCGGACGCGCUGGACGCGAUGGUCAACAAUCCUAUUGCAGACUCUACUACGGACGCGAGGACGUUAAGUCCAUAAGAUUUCUGCUGCAAAAUGAUGCGCAACGUGCGCGUGGUCGAGGCGAUCGGGAGCUAUUAACAGAGCGCGCCUGCAAGCAAUUUGAACGCAUUGUGGAGUUUUGUGAGCAGACGCGCUGUCGGCACAAACUCUUUGCUGACUACUUUGGUGAUCCACCGCCCGACUGUCAGGCUCAAUGUGAUGUCUGCAAGCGUCCCAAGCAGGCAGAGAAGGCGCUCGAAAUGUUUCAACGGCUGUGUAUGGAUGCGCAGUUCAAAUCGCACAUUUCUCUGCAAGAUAGCGCUGAUCUUUAUGAGGGUGGUCGCGCUGGCAGCAAACGCACAGCUCAAGAAUAUGCCAAUGAGGACUCCGACAGCGAGGGCAGUCAAAGUCAUGCCGUUCUAGCCAAGCGUGCCAAGAAGGAAACCGAAAGUUUCAUACGCGAGCAGUUUAAGCUGCGCAAGCAAAUCAGCGCUGCUCGUCAGCUGGAACAGGAGACCAGCACUCAGAUCGCGCGCGUGCGUCAGGCAAACUCCACAGACACCAAAGUCUCUGGUCUGCAGCAUACACAGCGAGAAAAGUACUUGGAUGCUUUGAUAGAUGCGCUCAAAACGAAUGUGGAUAAGUGCUCAGUGGACAAGGAACAACAACCAAAGAGCGCGCUUAGGCAUAACGACUAUGAAGCCAUGGCCGUGGAGCUGGAGUAUGAAGUCUUCAAGCAGCAGCGUGUGGCCAACAUGUACAGACAUGCGCUGGCUAAGCAGCUUGCUGCCAUUAGGCAGUUGACUGGCAAGCUUACAUUGCUGCCUAUGAUAACAGACUAUGUGCCGCGACCAGAGACUAGCGCCAAAGGUGUUUGGACAGGCGGCAGUGUGGCCUACUUUGAGCGCAAGCUAAAGGAGCUGGAGGAAAAUAAGCCGCAGUCGCUUAAGGAAACACCCAAAGCGCUGCGAGAACGCAAAGGCUUCAAGCAAGAGCAAAGCAAACAAACGUCCAUUGCCAGCUACUUUAGCAAAGUGCAGGUGAAGCAAGAAGAGCUGGAGGAGCAAGCAGAGGCUAGUUUAGAGAUCGAAACAGAACCAGCUGAGACGACGCCUGAGGGAGAACCUGAGCCUGAGCAUGAGCCAGAGGCAGCGAUAAAAGAAGAGCAGCUAACGCCUAAAGAGGAACCCACAGAUUUGGAGCAAGAGAAAGCGACACCACUGGAGCUCGAAGUAGGCGAUAAGAAAUAUAAACUCAUGUCCAAUGACGACGGCAGCUUUGAUAUGCAUCGAAAGUCGCGAGUAUCGCAUCAGCAAAGGCAGGAAAAGCAGAGACCAAAGGAAGUUAGAACACCAACAGACAAAAUUAUGUUUGCUGAGCAAAGUGAAGCAGCUAUAAAGGAAGAGAAAGAAGAGAACUCAGUGAGCUUUGCAACGGCGCUGGAAAUGUUCAAGGAGCAGCAACCUCAGCUGAGUGAUGAGAAGCAAACUGAAACGAAAGACAAAGCAAAUUCAUUUGGUUUUACCACAGCGCGUGAGCUGUUGGAGCAAAAGCAAAGCAAGCCAGAGCAAUUGCCAACGAAAACGAAAGAGAGCAAGGACAGCAAGGAGCGCAGACCAGCGAAGCCAAAAAUCAGUCAACAAAAGCAAGAUGUGAGCAAAGUCGUUGUGGAGUGGCUGAAUCCGUAUUACAAACGCAAAAUUGCCAACAAGGAAGCGUUCAAAGCGCUGGCCAAGUUGCUGACGCAGCGCGUCAUCGAUGGCAGUUUGGCAAGUGGCGACAAAUGCAAACACUACAUCAAGCAAACAUUUCACAGUCUCAAAAUGAUUGAGAACGAUGAGGACAUUAAGAAAUACUUUACAAUUGCUAUUAAAUAAGCAAGCGAGUACCUACUACU